GUUUCCUUUUUAUUUGUUGCAUACAGCAAGACGCAUGAGGCUGUAGUAAGUUCUGUACAAUCUUUCCUAGGAUCAGAGUUUUUAUUUUUGAAACUACAUUUGGUGUUGAUUAAUUUAAUUUCAUUUAAGGCCUGGAAGUUUCUUUAAAGACAAGAGGUGAUAGCAAGAUACAGAGUGGUUUGAAAACUUUCUCUUCCAAUGAAGUCAAGGGAAGAGAUGGUAACGACUGUGACUACUGGGGUCUCAAAGAAGAUGAAACUCAAAGCAGUCUGAUAAAGUUCUGCCUCAAACAGAACUGAAGCAUUUCUAAGGGCACAUGCUACAAUUACUCCUUCAAUCAUGCUUCUGCUUAGCCUUACCUGGUAUGAGAUGAUUUCUGUUAGCCUGGCAAAUGGAGAACCAGCAAUAACUGCUUCUAUUAUGGCACCCAGUGAUCUGCACAUUGUUAAACAUGACUUCGGAGUUAUUCUCUCCUGGAACUGUAACAUUACAGAAGAAAUGGAGACAUAUUAUGUGAAAUAUUUUUUGAUUUAUAAGUUCGAUGCAGCUAAGGAAAUAACAGAAAGACUUCGAGAAAAGGAAAAGAUGAUAAGACUUGGGUUACACUCUGGUUUCCAUGCUAAAGUUAAAACACAGCUUCUUUCAAAAGAAACAGAAGACGUUAUAAAGGAGAGUAACUGGACUGAAUUUACUUACAAGGCACCUCCAGUAUAUAUCCAAAAUCUCUCAUGCAUCAUAUAUAACAUUUCCCAUUUAAAUUGUACCUGGGACAUUAAAACAGAAGCUCCUGAGGAUGCUCAGUAUUUCCUUUCCUACAGGCACAGCAGAGAAGAGUUUCAAUGCCAACUCUAUUUAACAAACGCAAAGAACAAAAACAUUGGAUGUCACAUGAAAGAAGUGUAUUUUAAUCACACUAAGAAAAUCAGAUUUAAUAUCACGGUAAAGGAACUCAGCAACAGUUCAGAAAACCAUUCCUAUUACAAAAAAUUUACACCUCAAAGUCUAGAGAAACUGAACCCUCCAAUCAAUGUGUCUGUAUCACUUGAAAACAGAAGCGUUAAAAUUAACUGGAAACCACCACCUACUAUUGGUUCAGCAAAAAACAUUUGCUUUACAUACCAAGUGAAAAUUACAGAUCUAGAGCCCGUAGAUGUGUCUGAAGAGGAAUAUGUGCAUCCAGUUCAUGAUCCAGCAAAACAAUAUGUUGUUCAAGUCAGAGCAAAGAAAACAAGAUGUAUAAGUAACAAGAUUUGGAGUGAAUGGAGUGAACCAGUUUUUAUUAAUGAUGAAUAUAAAGAUAAUAAAAUGAACACCUGGAAGCUGCUCAUACUAAUUUUGUUUCCCUCCAUGAUCUUCACUGGAGGAUUGCUGAUAUUUCUUUGUAGAAGGUAUAAAUGCAUUGAUCCUAUACGCACACCUAUCCCACACCCUUCAGACAGAAUCAGAAUCUGGUUAGCUUCUGAUGCUGCUCUGUGUCAGCAGGAGUAUGGCCUGGUUCCCCAAACUCCCGACAAGCUGUUUAUCAGCGAUCUGAGCACACCUAUCAGAGAGCUAUGUUUCAACACAAGUGAAGUGAACAUGCACUCCGAGAUCAUAUUGGUCCCUCUGGAAAAGAACCAACACAAGGGGAUUAACUAAUGAAGAUUCUUAAGCAUCUGGAAAACAGCCUACAUGUAUUAGCAUAUGUAUCCUGAAGGAUGAUAAUCCUCAUUGCUGUGUCAGUGGGUUAUCUUUUCUGUGCUGAAUUAUCUUGUGGAGAUACUCUAGCUGAAUCCAAAUAGGUCUGAGCCAAGAACCAGUCUGAGCCCAGCAAUUUGACAGAUCUCAAAAAGGUUCUACUAGUGACAUCAUGAGAUUCCUGAAAUGUGUAUUUGGGUCACAAGAACAGACACCAGAGACAGUUUGUAGUUUGUCUUUUACAACUACUCUUAACCACAACACUAUUAUAGCUACAUAAUAGAGGGUUAAAGCCAGUUCAGGUGAAAUAACAUGAGGUGGUUUCUGGUUGCAAAUUAUGCUAGGAUUUGGGAUUAGAGUCGAAGGUCAAAUCAGUGUUAGUGUUUGGGUUUUCAUUUCAUAGCACUGUUAUCAUAUGAGAUUGUGGCCAGAAGAGCAAGAUCAGCUGUUCUUACAAGACCAAUGAAUAGUUGUUAAAUACCUGAUUGAUUUAUGGGCAAGCUAAAUUGUGGGUGAUGACUGUUUUUUAUAACAUUCCUGGAGGUAACAGCUCCUAAAGGCUGUAUAGAACUUUGAGAGAUUUAUAAUCUGAAAACAUUGUAUCAUAUUGUUGAUAAGCAGACAUCAGCAGAGAAAUAACAGCCUUGUAUAAAGAUGUAAGAUCCUUUAAUGCUAAUGUAGAGAUGCUUUUGGACAUUGUAACUGGGUGGCCUGCCCCUUUAGGAGCCAAAGACCUGGAGCUGGCCAGUCCCAGCUAGUUAGUUUAUUGGCCACACAUGAGAGAGAGAGAAAAUGGAGUUCUACCAAGCCUAUCUAUAAAAGAGCAGCAGGAAGCCAUGAGGUCAGAGAGACUCUGAACAAACAGAAAGAUUUGACUUCAAAGCUCUCCAGGCAGGGAGAGACCCUGAGCAAGCAGGAGAAGGAGUGCAGGGCUCUCUAGGCAGGGGAGAAGCCCAAGGCCUUACAGCAGAAUUUGUUGCUGGAAUCCAGAAACUUUUGUGUGGGGCUCUUACGUUUUGUCAGGGCUCACAGGGUAGAGCCUUUAACUUGUUUCAACUGUUCCUUUCAGAUUGCUUUAUUAAAUAGAGAUAUGCUGACAUUAA